UUGUUGCUGAUAAAGCUCUUCUCAAGGACCAAAAUUAUCAGGGCAAGGGGCACUGAGCACUCUUUCCAAAUUAGGACCUCUGAUUGGCCAAUCAAACACAGUCAUCUCUCUGAAGAGCAGAGAACGUACAGAGAUUCAAUUCAUUCAUCACAGCAUUUGAAGCACGAUGACGCCUCCAUACUUUGCUUUGUUUUUCACAUGUCUGUUUGUGGUGAAUUCAGCUCAUAUGACAUCUUUAAAACAACCAUCUAUACGUUUUGAAUCAGCUAAUGUUGGGGAACGUGUGACUUUGCAAUGCUUUUGUCGAGAUAAUGUUGCAAUGAUGCUUUACUGGUACAAGCAAACUCCGGCACAGAAACCAAAGCUGGUGACUACGUUCUACAGGCAUAACAAAGUUAACACUUUUCAUGAUGAAUUCAAGGACAAUCCACGUUUCUCAUUGGAUACUGAAAACAAUACCCAUCACUUGAUGAUCUCAGGUUUGCGCAUUUCAGACUCAGCUACUUACUACUGCGUCAGUAGCAAUUUAUAUGACUUUGAAUUUGUAGAGGGCACUGCUCUCAAUGUAAAGGGUUCAGGUUUGAACAUCCAAGCUUUGGUCCAUCAGUCGGCAUCUGAGAGCAUCCAGCCAGUGACUCUGAACUGUACAGUACACACUGGGACCUGUGAUGAUGGAGAACACAGUGUUUACUGGUUCAAAAACUCUGAAGAAUCUCAUCCAGGAAUCAUUUACACACAUGGAGGCAGGAAUGAUCAGUGUGAGAGGAACAACAACACACAAACACACACCUGUGUCUACAACUUGCCAAUGAAGAGUCUGAAUCUUUCUCAUGCUGGGACCUACUACUGUGCUGUCGCCUCAUGUGGACAGAUACUAUUUGGAAAUAAGACCAAGCUGGACUUUGAGUAUGAGGUGGACCUUCUUCCCUUGGUGCAUUUCUUGAGCGGAGCUUUGGCAUUCACCACAGUCCUGGUUGUUUUACUGGCUCUCACAGUGUGCAUAAUGAAGAGAAACUGCCAAUGUACAGACUCAACAUUUUCAGCGACGUCUACUCCUAAUGCAGAGUUAGGUCAAGAUGCAGAAAACCUUCAUUAUGCUGCUAUAAGGGAUCACAAGGCCAAAAGAUCAAGAAGACAGCAGGACAACACCUGGAGUGAAUGUGUGUACUCCACUGUAAAGCAGUAG